UUGCGGAAUUUAAGAGACACAGAGUUUCCCAUUCCUCCAAGAAUCUAAACUUUUCUGCCCUCGAGCUUUCUUCAUCCAUCGGUUGUUUCCUUCUCCAGGUUCAAUCGGGAUUUCUUCUUUCCAUCGCUCUCUCUCUGUAUAUAUAUAUAUAUACAACUUAGUAUACGUAUUUGUCCCCAAACAUUAGAAUCGAUUUGAUCUCAUUUGAACAGUUAUAGUUUCGAUUUGAUCUGGGUAUCUUGUGUGUAUAUCGAUUUCCGAAUUUCGUCAUCUGGGUUUUGGAGAAUUUUAGGUUUAAGGGGCCUCUGCACUUGUAAAGUUUAGGUUUUCCGUGGUUUCUAGGUUAAUUGGGUUGUUCUCAGAUACGGAUAUGGAGGUUGUGAUUGAUUAGCGGUCGUUUCCUGUUUAUAGGGUUAGGGUUUCGCCGUGGGAAAGCUGUUUGAUUCCUUCGGUCCGCGAAUUCGUCUUCAUCAAGGUCUCGUGCAGCUUUCUCACAGGGUCAUUCUAGGGUUUGGAUUGUAUUAGGGUUUGAACGUGUGGCUUGAUAAUCAUUCAUUGGUUAGGAACUGGGUUGGAAUUAAGACAUUGCGAGUCCUUUCAUUCCGGGUUUAAGGUUUCUGGAUUCUGUAAACAUGGCGGAUGUGAUUGGAACGAUAUCGUUGUUGGGCCAUCGUCCUUCGGUUGUAAGGGUUUGUGCAAAGAAUGCAUCGAAGACGCAGAAACUGCAGAACAAGGUCCAGUUCCCGGUGAAGCCAGAUUGCAGUAGGAAGGUGGUUCUUGCCCAUCCAAUGCAGAGCUUGAAAAAGAGACGGGCAUCGAUGUUCCCGAUUAGGGCUCUUGCCAUGGAGCUGAUGAAAGAGAUGCCUGCCUAUAAAGAUGAGGAGAGGGUACCAAGAACGUGGAAUUACCUUGAUUUGGGAGUGGAUAAGAAACCCGGGAUAUGGCCUCCUAAGAACAAAGCCGACAAGCCUUCAUUACAAAAUCCGUUGCUAAGGCACGAAAGGAUGGGUUGUGGUUGGUUAGGUGUGAUUUUCGAGUGGGAAGGCGUGUUAGUAGAGGAGAACCCCGAUCUCGAGAAGCAAGCAUGGUUAACUUUAGCUCAGGAAGAAGGUAAAUCUCCUCCACCGGCUUUUAUCCUUAGACGUGUCGAAGGGAUGAAAAACGAGCAAGUGAUUUCAGAGCUUCUGUGUUGGUCGAGGGACCCUGCACAAGUUAAGAGGAUGGCAUCUAGGAAAGACGAGAUCUUUCAAGCUCUACAUGGAGGGGUGUAUAGACUACGAGACGGGUCACGGGAAUUUGUAAACGUAUUGAUGCGUUACAAGAUCCCGAUGGCAUUGGUCUCCACCCGUUCCCGAAAGAUGCUAGAGAACGCGAUUGGGUCAAUAGGCAUCGAGGGUUACUUCACCGUGAUAGUUGCAGCAGAAGACGUUCACCGUGGAAAGCCAGACCCUGAGAUGUUUUUAUACGCAGCUCAACUUCUGGAGUUCAUACCCGAGCGGUGCAUCGUGUUCGGGAACUCAAACCAAACGAUCGAGGCGGCUCACGAUGGCCAGAUGAAAUGUGUGGCUGUGGCUAGCAGACAUCCUAUGUACGAACUCAGUGCAGCUGAUCUGGUCGUGAGAAGACUAGACGAGUUGUCGGUGGUUGAUCUGAAGAAUCUUUCGGACAUCGAAUCAGCCCAGUUCGGGUUGAUGGAACCAGAACCUGAGCUCGAGGAGGAAGACGAGCAUGGCCGUCCUUCUUCGGCCGUGGCCGUUGAUGAUAUCUUCUGGUGAUGUUUGUUCUCUGUAAUUUGUACAGUCUUAUUGAUUUGGUCUCUCGUGGCAAAUAUAGUUUUCUGUAUUGGUCUUAUCUGUGUAUAAUUCAAUAUAUAUGUACACGUAUACGGUUAGUUUACGGUGUAUACGUAUCAUAAAAACAUUAUUUUAUCAGACUCUUAA